AUGAAAGAUUAUAAUUUCAAAAAUUUAAAAGUAAAUUUUCCUUUUCAAUUUGUGAUUCAUGUGGAAUUCAAUCGGCCCGCAAAACUCAACGCUUUUGAUCAAACGUCUUGGCGCGAGUUACACGAUUGCUUUAAGCAAAUAGCAAUAGAUUCAGAAGUUAGAGCUGUUGUAAUAUCAGGAAAUGGCAAAGUUUUCACUGCAGGAAUUGACCUUAAUCAAUUAUUUUCAACGAGUAAUGAUAAUGAAGGAAAAGAUUCUCCACGUAGUUCUUUUUACAUACGAAAGUCAAUGAUUGUGCUUCAGGAAUCGAUCUCAUCAUUAGAAUUAUGCGACAAACCAGUAAUUGCCGCUAUUCAUAAUGGUUGCAUUGGAGCUGGUGUUGAUUUGAUUACAGCUUGCGAUAUUCGAUAUUGUUCACAAGAUGCAUUUUUUAGUGUCAAGAUCGAUCUUGGACUUGCAGCUGAUAUUGGUACAUUGCAACGUUUUCCCAAAGUUGUUGGUAAUAAUAGUCUUGUUCGAGAAUUAUGUCUAACCGGUCGAAAUUUCUCUUCAACUGAGGCUCUUGAUAUCGGUCUCGUGAAUAAAAUUUUUCAAACUAAAGAAGAAACUCUUACGGAAGCAUUAAAAACGGCGAGAAUCAUUGCUAGCAAAUCUCCAAUAGCUUCAUUAAGUACAAAGCACCUUUUAAAUUUUUCACGUGACCAUUCUAUAACUGAAGGUCUUACCUAUACUGCAGCUUGGAAUGGAGCAAUGCUCACUAAAAGUGAGGAUCUGAUGGAAGCUUUUAAUGCCACCAUGGAGAAAAGGAAGCCAAAAUUCUCUAAACUAUAA